AUGUCUGAAGGUUUGGGCAACUUUAAUGAACAAGACCAGCGUGAAUUGGCUCAGUUUCUCGAAGGUGAAAACGCCAAAGCUCGCGUUCAACAAACUGUGCACACCUUGACCGAUGGAUGCUGGGACAAGUGCAUCAGCAAAGUCAACAACAAGCUCGAUCGCAGCGAAGAAGCUUGCUUGGCCAACUGUGUGGAGCGUUUUCUCGAUACUAGCAUGUUUAUUGUCAAGCGCUUGGAGAGCUUACGUGGUGCUGGUGGCAUGUAA